ACAGUCGAUUAGUCUGCAAGUUCGUUCUCCUAUCGAUUUGCAUUUAUCACGCCUCUGGCGAAAUGAGUGUGGAAAAUGCAGAAAGAUCAAUUUCGAAAACAGGAACACCUAGAGAAAAUCCAGAGCUGGCAACAAUCCCGCAAUCUAUCAAAAGCAGACGAAACAGAGCGUACAGAUGGGAUUACGGUACCAAGGGUGACAACGACGACCAUCACAACGACGAUCAUGAUGAGGACAUGAAUGACGACGAGAACGAUCAGACGAAGGCGAUGGAUCAACCUAAGGCCGAUUAUUGGGCCGGGUAUUACGAUUUUCUGAUAAACGAAGGAAGCUACAAAUUCUGGGCCGUCUUUCAGCUCGCGACUGCGGCUCUUCUGAUCUACAGCGGUUUCGCGGCUCUCUACUACGCCAAAGUGAAUCCACCGACUACGGAUGAUUAUUUCGACGAUUUACUCCGCCGCCGACGACGACGACGAAGACGUCGCUCGCUACCGCUGAUGGCCCGCGACAAGCCCUUCGCCGGACUUGACGCCAUCACGUUUCAAAGGAUAAUCGAGGCUGCCCAACGGGCACGUUGAUCUUCGUUUCAAUCGUUUUUUUAACGAAGAAAGAGAAUUUAUGCCAUAUGAAGUAAAUAGAAAAGUAAUUAGCGAGCGAUCAAGCACAUUGAGGUGUUUUGAUGAGAAAAAUUUUUGGAAAUGCGAAACUCAAAGAGAGACAACGUGAAACGCGAAAACGCUAUCAAUUUCUUGUUUCCCGAAAAUGGGGAGUGAAUACUUUUAAUUAGCGUGGAAUUACAGCGAGCGUAACAUAACACUUAUAUCCAUAAGAGAUCUUUGCAAUAAUUCCUGGUUAAAAUUUUUUUAUAUAAGGACAUACAUAAAUACAAUUAUACGUAUACGAAAUAUGUUCAAAUACGUUUAUAUAGUUCUUGCUUUUAUAAAAUUUCUAUUUGGUGUUAAAAAAAUAAUAGUCAUCCUAAAAAAACUAAUUAAAAG